CUGCCCUGGUAUCUGCCCAUGAUUGGACCGACCCUGACACUCGCUUGUCAGGACCUCCUCAUCGGCUACGCAAAGAUACCCGAUGAGGAGCUUGAGGUACAUAUCUUGAACACGCGCGAUCAAGCUUUCUCCGUAUACCCCCUCGCUACAAUUGGUGAAUUCUGGUUCCUUGUUCUCGGUCUGUCGGAACACCCAUCGUACACUUGCCUCUUAAAUCGUUUGAAAAAUGCCUCGGAUAAGACAAAACCGCUUUUGAUAGAUCUGGGCACAUGUCUGGGUCAAGACAUGCGAAAGCUCAUCUAUGAUGGUGCUGAAUCCUGCCAGCUUCUCGGCGUGGAUAAGUGUCCACAGUUCGAGAUGGUCGGGUACGAGUUGUUCCGAGACGCAGACAAAAUGAAGGGUCGCUUUAUUUGUGCAGACAUUUUGGCCACAGACUUGGACAAUCCACUAGAGAAGACCAGGGGAACGUGGGAAAUUGUUGUCUCUUCAAUGUUGCUGCACUCUUUUGAUUGGAACAUUCAAACUGCGAUUGUCAAGAAGAUGAUGGGACUCACGAGUGGGAAGGGCGCAUGGACUAUCGGCUUGUUGGCGGGAGAUCUGGAAGAGCAUGAGGUGCCUAUUCCGCCUCCAUUAGUCCCAGAGGGUGUGAAGAUGACGAGAUUCAUCCACAGUAAGGAGAGUUUAGAGAGGAUUUUCAAGACUGUUAGUGCCGAGUUGCAGGUUGAGGUCAAAAUCCAGGUCAGUUAUCAGGAAGAU